ACACUGCAUUUCCAAAAGGGCGAGUCACGCCCUCUCCCAGCCAAUCGCGGCAGGGUUUCAUUAUGACACGCCAGGAUUCCGCGAAUUUGUUUCUUGGAGUUGAGAGAACGGCUGCUCCCUGAAAAAUUAGGACAAGUUGACGCAGGAACAGAAAGCACUGGUACAUCAGCUCUGUGGCGUUUAUAGAGUUCAGACGGCAGGAGCUACAGGCAGAAGAAGAAGAGGAGGAGGAGGAACGGUUCAAACCAUCUUUGUUGAAGCGGUCUUUCUUUAAUCGCUGCAGCAUCUUCAGUAAAACUUGAACGGAACGUCACGAUAAUUAACCUCAUUUUCCUCAAACUUGGACCGAAGCCAGACUCCCGUUUUCUUUGUUUGUUUUUUUGGAUUGUUUUUAACACUUUCUUGCUCUGAUCUGCACUAACGAUGUCGGAGUUUGACGUCUCUGCGGACUGCGUCCCUGCUCGUCCUUCGGGGAGAACAGGGGACGUGUUUAAAGAGGACCAGGAGGAAAACGGGACUUUGCUGAUGGUGGCGAUGAUUCUGCUGGACUUGAGGAAAUACAGCCCCGGAGAGAGCAGGUGUCUCGGCGGCGGCGGCGGCGGCGAAGGAGCGGGAAGGCAGGAGAAAGAGGAGCGGGGCGGCCGCCGCCUGGACGCCGAGGACAGCCGGGCCUCGCUGGGUCUCAAACAGACCCGAAACCACAACAAGGCGACGGCGGGGAGGCAGGAGUCCCACGAGAAGCGGCACUGCUGCCCGUUCGCCGGCUGCGGGAAGAUGUACGGCAAGUCGUCCCACCUCAAAGCCCACCUCAGGGUCCACACCGGCGAGCGACCCUUCAAGUGCACCUGGCUCGACUGCGGCAAGAAGUUCUCCCGGUCGGACGAGCUGACGCGUCACUACCGCACGCACACGGGCGAGAAGCGCUUCAACUGUCCCAUGUGUGAGAAGUGCUUCAUGAGGAGCGACCACCUGACUAAGCAUGCCCGGCGACACGCGGGCUUCCAUCCCAGCAUGCUUCAGGGCUCCAGCGUGGCCAAGAGACGCUGCUGCUCCAUGUCCGUGUCCUCCUGCGAGUCUGGGGACCAAAGCCCCUCUGGUGUGUGAGGCACGCCUGCCUCCUGUACAGGUGUAAAUACAAAGGCGCACGGUAACAUACACAGCCGUGUGUAUCUUUACGAGUCCCGUCCAGCCAGGCCACAAGUUCAGGGAGGUUCUUUUUUUUCUUUCUUUCCUUUUUUUUCAUGCAUGUAACAUUGUGCAACAGCUGACAAGAACAGUUUGAACCAGAAACUCAAGGUAACUGGUUUAUUCCCUGAGGCAACUGGUAUUUAUGAAGUGUUACUCAGGGUCUAACAGGAAGGUUGAUUCAUUUUUGUGUUGUGAUACUCUCUCUUUUUUUAACAAACUUUUUGUACAUAAGCAGUAUUGCUUUCUGAAACACUACAUGUGUUCAUGUAGCCUAAAUAUAUGAUAUAAUUGCCUACAGAAUCCUAAAAACAACUAAUUUCUACUGUGUUCAUAAGCUUUGCAUAUAGUCCUUUUAGCAAAUGUUAACUAUUGUAAAUAUAGACACAAUUUUGUACAGUUAUUUUUCAGUCUAAGACAACAUGAAUGCAACACAGAACAGUAUUACCAUGUAAAUAUAUUAAACGGACAGUGUAAUGGAAACAGAGUUUACUUAUUUAAAUUCAUAUUGGACACAGCCUUCAGGGGUAAUCAGGUGUGUUGGCGCUUGUACAUAUUUUUAAAAAAAGUGUUGGAACUGAUGUUUUUCAUGCAACAACGACAAUAAUGAACUUGCACAUACAUGCACAGAAAUUUAUCCGCAUUACAUUGUGACAAAAAAAUCAUAACGCACGAGCUGAUUUCACUGCAACAAUCAACACGCCGAGGGGUUGUGAUGUUUUGUUCAUGCUUGCAAGACAGCACAGCGGGGUGGUAAUGUGUUUUGUUCUGCUUAUAGCUAAAGCACUCAAAAGGUUAAAAAAUGACGCUCAGAAGUGUGUGUGUGUGUGUGUGUGUGUGUGUGUGUGUGUGUGUGCGCCUUUCUGAGGGGAAUUUGUGCAUUUUCAUCUCCGAAUAACUGACCACUCGAAUGAACAUUGUCACCUUCUUUCCGUUGCAUUUUCCUAAAUACUUUAAAGACUCUGUAACACCAACGGUGCCAGUUGCUUUGUGCGCAAAAAAAAAACAGAUUUCAUUUCUGUGUGGACUGCAUUUCUGUUUAAUAAGGGACUCAUGUCUUUUGUGUUCAUGCUGUGAAAACUACACCCCCAUGUGGUGACAUGGAAGCACAACAUUUCUCACAGGGAAACAUCAUUACAUCUUUUUUUUUUUUUUUUACUUGUUCCUGCACUUUUAAGGACUGAUCGGACUAUUAGUUUGUUCCGAAAUGAUUGUAUUCCAUCCUGUAGCAUGCUUGUACAUUUCUUUUUUGUCUGUCUGGUUAUCUUUUGUACUAAAGGAAUGGGAGUUUGUUUUAGGAGCCAAAUGCAUUUUUGUUAUUCUUUUUUUCUACUUGUCACAUAAUGCAUUGAAAACAAGAAGUGUGGAAUAUUUGAAGGACUUAAAUGAGAUGUUUUUUUGUGUGGGGAGGAUUAAAAUCAACUGAUUAGUUGCUGGUGCCUUUCAGAUCGAAGCCAUUUUUUAUUUCUGAAGCUUCUGUAAUCAGGGACUGAUGCAAACCUUAUGUUCUUUUUUUUCUUUUAACCUUAUGUUCUUGCAAAACACGACUGUGUAAUGAUUGCUCUUUGAGGAUUUAUCAUUAAAAUGACUGUUUUUUCAUACUAA